AACAACACAUUUUUCCAAUCAAAUAUUUCUAUUAUGACACACAUACGCUGGUGCACCCGCCAGUUGCUGAAUAUUCAAUGCACUCACGUAGCAUGGCCAACGCUCUCACACACGCUCGUGAGCGCUAUCGCCACCACUAUCAACACCCUCGACCGGAUUAGCACAACAGCUGGUGGUGUGAGCUACGACAAUGACCAAGUGACGGUGCCAAUAGUUAGUUGUUCAGCAAACGCCGAUUUUAUAAGACGUGUGUGUGACAAAACGCUCGCUAAACGCACAGCUAACCGAAAUAGAGCGUGCAAAGAGAUAGUUUCAUACGAUUUAAGUGAGAUAAUACGAAGCAAAAAGAAAGUGCACGACGCCACUGACAAAAACAAGAGCAUUUGCCAGCGGCUAGAAGCUAAGUCAACUACAACGACAAGCGGACAAAAGACAACAAAGGUGAAAUCAAUGAAAUCUGCGCGUGUUGUAAUUAUUGGCGCCGGCGCUGCUGGUAUAGCUGCAGCCACAAAGCUCCUACAGUCGGGAUUCGAAAAUGUUCUGCUGCUCGAGGCUGAAAAUCGUUAUGGCGGACGCGUACACACGAUACCCUUUGCGGAUAACGUAGUCGACUUGGGCGCACAAUGGUGUCACGGUGAAAAAGGUAAUGUUAUUUUUGAGACGGUUCGCAAUUUGGAUAUGCUGCAGCCAACAGGUGACAUAUACGAUGACUACAAAUGCGUGCGUUCCAACAAGGAAGUGCUUUCCGAAACAGUGGCAAAUACGCUUAAGUCGGUCGCCUUUAAUUUGAUACCCGAACGACAGGAGGGCUUGAAGGGCUACGAAGGCUCUUUAGGCACAUAUCUUACAGAAGCAUUUUGGCGCGAUUUGCAACAGUCGCCGGAAAUUGAUAAGACUGUGGCGCGUGAGUUCUUCGAAAACUACAAGAAAUUCGAAAGUUCAAUUGAAGCGUCGGAUCACCUAUUCGAAGUUUCCGGCCAAGGUCAUCUCGAAUAUUGGGUAUGUGAAGGAGAUCUACUGCUAAACUGGAAAGAUAAAGGUUUUCGCAGUUUUCUGCGUCUACUAAUGCAAGCGAAGAAGGAUGAAACAGCAACGGACAAUAUGGGUUUGCUAAACAAGCGCAUACAAUUCAAUGCGCGCGUUCAAAACAUUGAAUGGCGAACAAAAAGCGCUGACGUGCGCAUACGUCUUUGGAACGGUGAAUUAAUCGAGGCGGAUCAUGUCAUCUGCACCGUAUCUUUGGGUGUGCUCAAAGAAAACCACAAGGAAAUGUUUACACCAGCAUUACCGCUGGCUAAGUGCCGCGCCAUUGACGGUCUCAAAUUGGGUACCGUCGACAAGUUUUUCCUAGAAUUCACUGAACCUUUUGCACCAGUCGAUUGGUCGGGCUUUUGUUUUCUUUGGCGCGACGACGAUUUGGCGGAAUUGCGUAACUCUGAGUACUUUUGGUUGGAGAGCGUGUUCGGCUUUUAUCGUGUCUCCUGCCAACCGCGCAUACUACAAGGUUGGAUUAUCGGACCACACGCGCGUCAUAUGGAAACUCUCCCCGAAGCUGAGGUACUUAAAGCAUUGCUUUGGCUCUUCAAGAAAUUCUUCACACUUGAGGUUCCGCGGCCAUUGAGAUUUCUACGCACACGCUGGUAUACGAAUCCCAAUUUCCGUGGUAGUUAUACAUUCCGUUCUGUGUAUGCCGACGAGCUGCGCGCAGGUGGUUGGGAUUUAGCCGCACCACUUACCGCCGACAGCGACGGUAAACCGUUGUUACAAUUCGCUGGCGAAGCGACGCAUACACAUUUCUACUCGACGGUGCAUGGCGCGGUGGAGAGUGGUUGGCGGGAAGCGCAACGCUUGAUUACCUACUACCUGGGACGCACUUCACAACUGUGAGCAGCGUUGCGAAGGCGGAUGUCAUGGCAAUAUUGCGAAAAUCUACGGCGAUAGCUUAAUGAGUAGAAAAGAUUAUGUGCAUAAUUUGUACACUAUCUUGUUUUGUUUGAUUAUAUAGCGUAUGUAUGCCAGAGAAGCUAAUAAAAUACUACACUUGUGUAGC